AUGGCUCAGCAUCUUGCGAUGCAGGCGGGCGCUUCGCAGUCCAGUAAUCCAGGUCAGCAGAACACCCAAGGUCAACAGACACAACAACCUGUUGGCCAGCAAGGGCAGAUGCAACCCCGGCCUCAAAUGCGGCAGGGCAACGGUGACCCGCAAGCAUCGCCGGCGCAACCUCAGAAUGCACAGCAAGCCCAACAGCAAACGCAACCCCAGGGUCCGCAGGGUCAGCCGCAGCAGCAGGGUCAGCAGCAACAGAACGCUGCUCAACAGCAGCAGCAGCAGCAACAUGAACAAAUGCAACAGCAAGCUCAGCAACAGCAUCAGCAGCAAGCCCUGGCCCAACGAGCAGCGAUGAUGCGCGCACAACAGGCACAGCAGGCACAGCAGGCACAACAAGCACAACAGGCACAAAACAAAAUUCAGGGUCAAGCAAUCUUGCGGCUGCUGUCGUUCUCGGAUCAUCUAAGCAGAUUCUCAGCGAAGCAGAAUGGUGCCAACAACGUAGGAUACUGGCAGCAAUUCGUCAGCGAUUUCUUCGCGGACGAUAGCGUGUUCAAACUCACGGUUCGGGAAUCGAACGACGCCGCGGCCAAAUCCAAGCAGUUUGCCGUCGGCUAUGCCAGUUUAGCUCGCUACUAUACUACGCACUUUGAGAGCGGAGUGGAUAACAUCCAGCUUAUCUUAGACGGUGCUAACGAAGUUGAACUGGCGGCGGGCAACGGUCAUCUGGUCAAUAUACAAAGAGCGAAGUUCAUUUACUGGUUCCAAGAUGGCACGCAGUUAGUCUGUAGCGGCAAGCUCGAGGUCGUUUUCGAGAGUCUGAUGAUCAGUAGCCUGGGAUUCGUCACACUCGAACACAAAACAUACUUUAGCAGGUCACGAAUAGAGCAACUGUUCGCACAAGACUCGCCGAGUCAGAUCAAAUCACCUCGGAUGAACAGGGCUGCUGGCAACAAACAACGCGCUCAACAGCGGCAACAGCAACAGCAACAGCAGCAGUCUGAGCCCUAUAUAACGAUCUUGGACGUACCAAAGGAGCCUAUAGGCCCCUGGGGGAUUACGGAGCAAGUCUUCACAUUCUUAGAGAUCGGCGAGACUAUGAACCAGAUGCAAGAUCUCAUCGGCCACUCCGUCCUCCACCCGGAAAUGACACCCGCAGAAGCACUGGACGACCUCGUCAACCAGUACAUCCUAAUGAGCUCCCAACCGCCUCAGCCAAACCACUUCCAGCAAACAUCUCAGCAGCAACAAAUGCAGCACCAAAUGCAGCAACCGAUGCAACACCCCCAACUGACCCUCCCUCCCAACGGCAUCCCCCAGCAACCCCUCCCGCCCGGCGCCCGAACCCCGAGCGCACAAGGCCCCUCGGGCCCCAUGGCCCCGCAAAUGCAGGCCCAAUUCCUGUCGCCCGCGAUGCAGAAUCCCAACCUGCCGCUGAACCCAGCCGCCAUGAACGGGUCGCCGCAUCUGCAAGGCGGGAUGCAGCAUACGCCCAGCCCGGCGCAGGUGCACAUGCAGGCGCCCGGGAUGGUGGCGCAGCGGAGCCAGCAGGGGAACACUGUCAACGGGGCCAGCGCGGCGGCGAGCGCGAACACGAGCCCGAAUGCUACGAACAAGAGAAGACGGGCGAGUGCGGUGAAGGUUGAGGGGGAUGAAGGAGGCGGGGUCCAGCCGAAGGUUAAGCAGAGCCCGAGGGUGGGGGGAAAUAAGAGGAUCAAGGGACAGGGGUGA